UAGUCUAUACCCAGCAUUUCUUGUGCAAGUAUGCUAACAUUGUUGUAAAAAAAUAUAAAAAAAUUUUUUAAACUAUUCCCUUUGCGAGACUACAUUACAGAAAAAUGAAUCCGUCGGAAUCGCAACAAGAUCUACUCUCGAAUGAAACGAGAUCAGUUUCAGUGCACUCAUUACACACACCCAUUGAAUAUAUUCUUGGCCCAGUCGAGAAGCAUUUCCUGCUUAGCGCGGAACGAGGUGAUUGUGCCACUGUCAAAAGGUUAAUUGAAGAGAACAAAGAUCACCCCGAAAUAUUAAAUAUUAAUUGCGUCGAUCCACUAAAUCGAUCAGCACUGAUAGCCGCUAUCGAAAACGAAAAUAUCGAGCUAAUUAAGCUGUUACUUGAAUUAGGAAUCGAAGUAAAGGAUGCACUCUUGCAUGCUAUUAAAGAGGAAUAUGUGGAAGCGGUGGAGUUAUUAUUGGAGUGGGAAGAAAAAAUACACAAGCCGGGGCAAUCUUACAGCUGGGAAGCCGUGGAUGUAUCAUCAAAUUUUACACCUGAUAUAACACCGCUGAUCUUGGCAGCUCAUAAAAAUAACUAUGAGAUAUUGAAACUUCUUUUAGACCGCGGAGCAACUCUUCCAACACCUCACGAUGCUAGAUGCGGUUGCGAUGAAUGCGUCAGUUCUAGUGAACAAGAUUCUCUUCGACAUUCGCAAUCUCGAAUAAACGCAUAUCGUGCGCUUACCUCUUCAUCUUUAAUCGCGCUUUCAUCAAAAGAUCCACUUUUGACGGCCUUCGAGCUUUCGUGGGAACUACGUCGGCUCAGCAGAAUGGAACAAGAAUUUCGCGCUCAAUACAAUGAAAUGCGGGAACAGACGCAACAAUUUGCAACCGCUCUACUGGAUCACGCACGUACAUCUUACGAAUUGGAAGUAAUGUUGAAUUAUAACCCUACCGGAGAAAAUUGGGAUCCUGGGGAGAGACAGACCUUGGACCGACUCAAACUUGCUAUUAAAUAUAAGCAGAAGCAAUUUGUCGCUCACCCGAAUGUACAACAAUUAUUGGCUGCUAUUUGGUACGAUGGUCUUCCGGGAUUCAGAAGAAAAAAUAUAAUAGCACAAUUUCUGGAAAUUGGCAAACUCGGGGCAAUGUUUCCGGUUUACAGCACUAUUUACAUGCUAGCACCUACUUCACAAAUGGGAUCGUUUAUGAAGAAGCCAUUUGUCAAAUUUAUAUGUCAUUCCACAUCAUACGCUUUCUUUCUAAUGCUUCUUGGUAUGGCAUCGCAAAGAAUUGAAUAUCUCUUAAUCGAAUUAUUUGGAAAUGAAUGGAUGCGAGAUAUACUUGCUGGCUGGAAAAAGCACGAACGCGGUUGCAUACCUGGUUUCGUCGAAACAGGCGUAGUCAUCUAUGUGAUAAGCUUAAUUAUCGGUGAAAUUAAGUCUUUAUGGGCGGACGGAUUAGCUGAAUAUGUAUCGGAUCUGUGGAAUAUUGUGGAUUUUAUUCAAAAUACCUUUUAUGUGAUUUGGAUUAGUUUGCGUGUCACGGCUUGGUGGAUAGUUCAGAACGAAUAUUGGAGUGGCUUAGAUCCUUGGUACCCAAGAGAUCAAUGGCAUGCAUUCGAUCCAAUGCUUCUUUCAGAAGGAGCAUUUGCAGCUGGAAUGAUUUUCAGCUUUUUGAAACUUGUUCAUAUAUUCAGUGUAAAUCCUCAUCUCGGGCCACUCCAGAUUUCCCUCGGGAGAAUGAUAAUAGAUAUUAUCAAGUUCUUUUUCAUCUAUACCCUUGUACUAUUUGCCUUUGGCUGCGGUAUGAAUCAACUGAUGUGGUAUUAUGCAGAUUUGGAGAAAAUGAAAUGUUAUCAUGCGUCUGACGAGGUGCCAGAUUUUGAUAAUCAGGAGAAAGCUUGUUCAAUAUGGAGAAGAUUCGCUAACUUGUUCGAGACAUCGCAAUCUCUUUUCUGGGCAAGUUUUGGCAUGAUCGAUUUGUUGUCGUUUGAUCUAACGGGCAUUAAAAGUUUUACACGAUUCUGGGCACUCCUUAUGUUUGGUUCUUACUCCGUGAUAAAUGUUAUAGUGCUAUUGAAUAUGCUGAUUGCUAUGAUGUCUAAUUCUUAUCAAAUUAUUUCGGAAAGAUCUGACACAGAAUGGAAAUUCGCUAGAAGCCACUUGUGGAUGAGUUAUUUUGAAGAUGGUGAUACUGUACCACCACCAUUUAAUAUGAUUCCGACGAAUAAAACUUUCAAAAAAUUAUUAAAAUUAGGAAAAGCCGGUCGUUCGACAAAAUCUUUCAUUAAAAAGUCUCGAGAAAAAGCUAUGAUCAGACAUGAUACCGUAAUGCGUAUGCUUAUACGGCGUUAUGUGACAGCUGAACAAAGAAAACGAGACGAGUUUGGUAUCACGGAGGAUGACGUCAGAGAAAUUCGACAGGAUAUUUCAACUUUCCGAUAUGAUCUUAUUGAUAUCCUUCGGAAGAACGGAAUGCACGCACCGCAGCUUGACAAAGAAGAAACAACGAUACCCGGCAAGAAAGGCAGAGUAAUGGAACGUCGUCUGCAGAAAGACUUCCAAAUUGGUAUAGUAGAAGGUAUCGUGCAAGCUGUCAUUCAGAGUGAAAAGGAACCAAAGGACGUGUUUAGUCAAAUCGCGAAAGCUAUCGGACGAAAAGGGAGUGCUGCCGGUAGAAAGGAUUGGAAUGCCGUGGUGAGACAAAAUACCAUCGCAAAGGAUCCGAUAGGAAGUACAAAUGAAGCUGUGCAACGUCAAAGCAGACGUAGUUUACGUCGUCAUAUGCAACAUCAGCCCGAUUCCGAUCUGGCGUCUAUGGAUCCGAAACGACUGGUUGAUUAUAAUCCGAAUCUCUCGGACUUUACACCGGUUACUAGGAUAGCCUACGCUAAAUUCAUGAUGAGCAAGAAUAAGUUAAAUGAGCAACCUGAUGAUACAAAUGGUACUUCUUCGAAUGCAAACGAGGAGAGUGUCGAGGCUCCUCGAAGAAGUAGCAAAAUAAUAAAAGAAGACACUCUUACAAAUAUAGUUCCACGUCCUAUUAUUAAAAAAAGUGUACUGAAGUCUAUAAGCAACAGUAGUAUGAAUAAAUCGGUAGAAAGAACACUUGACGUUAAACUCAUCGAAACCAGAUCUCCUUCGCCUGUACCCGAAGAUCCUAUAGAAGAGGAAGCUAGCAAACAGUCAACAUCUUUAGAAACGUCUGAUCAGGAGAAAAAACUUGAAGAAAAUGAUAAAAAGGAAAGUGCGCAAGAGAAAAAAAGAAAGAUGGAGAGACAAGCAACAGAGAAAAUAGAAGAGCAAAAGAAAGAAAAGAAGGGAAAAAAUGAAGAUGAGCAGUCCGAAAAUACAGAGAAGAACAACAGUGAAGCGAUCGCGGAGAAAACGCCGGAAACAAAUGAGGAAAUUGAUGAAGAAAAAUCUAUUGAAUCUGGCGCAAAGGAAAAUAAGACGGUUGUUGCACCCAUCCAAACUACACAAUUACGAGGAAAGUCAAAAGCAACGGGCCAAAUAAUGGAAGGUUGGAUCUAAAGUCAAACAUCGAAUCAAACUUUAAUAUUUCUUUUUCAGAUCUUAAAUAAAUAAUGUGUUCGCGCGUAUAUUAAGCAUAUUAUACAAUAUUAUAUUUAUCUGUAAAGUCUCGAAGUGCGCGGUUUGAUAGAAAAAAUAUAUUAUGAUAAUUCGCUAAAGCUUGAUAUAUUCAAGAUACGUAUCACGAAACGGAUUUGCUUCAAUCGUAAUGCAAACGUUCGCGUUUCACAUGAUAAGCAAUAUUUUAUAUUCAAAAUAAUAUAUUAUCUUUGUGUUGCAUUUUUUUA